CAUAAACGUUUCUUUGCUCACAUUUUACAUAUUUUACUUAUGAAAUCUUGUUCAGUUUAUUGUGAUGUAAUGUGAUGUAACGUGGUGAGUGAUACAGAGCUGAGUCACCAGGAGGCGCCACGCUCUCACAUGUGGGUUUACAACAUUCUCAUCAUUUAUUUAUGUUUAUCUCUCUGUCAGAUGCCCUCAAAGCUUUUUUACACUGAUCAACUGCAGCACAAGAAUCACCACAGAGGCACACAAAAACACACCUGACCUGACUUCCACGGAUUCAGUAUUAUUAUGAUUAUUAUUAUUAUUGUUAUUAUUAUUAUUAUUAUUAUUAUUAUUAUUAUUAUUGUCCCACAUUUCAUUUAUAUAAUGCUAAAUCAGCUCAAACUCACACACACACACACACACACCCCAACACACACACACAAACAUACACACACACACAAACAGAAGCUUCUGAAUGAAUCAUUCUUACGUCAGAGUGGGCGAGGCCAGACACUAUAAAGAAACAACUCCAGCAGCAUGAGCCCAAGGUACUAUUACUGCUGUUACUACUACUACUACUACUAGUACUUCUACUGGUAGUAUUACUACUACUGCUGCUGCUGCUGCUGCUGCUGUCACUACUACUGUAACAAGAACUAAAUAUGAUUUGGACUGCUCUGCUCGUGUCUCUGCUCGUGUCUUCGGCUCUGUCCUCGGCGGAGCCUGAGCGCGGCGCGGAGGAGACGUUUCGCGGCGUGGACCCGGUGAGCGGCGCGGAGGUCACGUGUAGACAGUGUCCCCCGGGAAAGUUCCUCCGGCAGCGGUGCACGGCGCAGCGGCAGAGCGUGUGUGAGGAGUGUCCCCCCGGCUCCUUCACGGCGCUCUGGAACCACAUCAGCCGCUGUCUGCGCUGCGGCGUCUGCGGCAGGAACAUGGAGGAGACGCGCCGCUGCAGCCGCGACCGCGACUGCGACUGUCAGUGUAAACCCGGCUUCUACUACAGCCAGCGCGCCGGCAUGUGCGUGCACUGGACCGAGUGCCCCACCGGGCACGGGGUCACUGCGCCAGGAAGUCCAUUUACGGACGCAGUCUGUGCCUCAUGUCCGAACGGGACCUUCUCAGACCAGGUCUCCUCCGAGGCCACAUGCUCCGCCCACAAGACAUGCCCCGCCCACGAGAAGGCCGUCAUCAAGGGCAACAGCUGGCACGACACUGUGUGCGCCCCAUGCCACGAAGCAAGACAGAAAGACCCCGCGGACAUCUUGAGGACCAUCUUGCCAUCCUUCUUCUCUCACCACACUCUGUCUCUGCGCCGUCUUCGUCAGGUGGUGAGUAAACUGGCCUCUGGUGACGGCAGAGCACUACAGCGACGAGUCUCAGGACUAAACCAGGACCAGCUCCGGUCCAGACUGGACCUAUGGAUCCGUAAUUCCCGUCCAGACUAUUUCAGAACUUUGCACCAGAUCUUGACCGAGACCGGAGCCGUGUACACAGCCACGAAACUACAAAGCAAACUGGACCGAAUCCAGAGCACGUUGGACCAGAUCUGCCCCCCACAACAACAGAUCUGCCCUACCACAACUGAACCAGGACCAAACGAAAUCUGAACCAGGACUGAACCAGGACUAAACCAGGACUGAACCAGGACUAACCCAGGACUGAACUAGGACAAAACCAGGACUAAACCAUGUAACUGGACUAAAAAAGGACUGAGACAUGUUUAAGUGAGGUCUGAAUUUGGACUAAAGCAGCAGGCCCACAGUCUGCUCUGCUGAAUUAUUUCAGAUGUUUUCAUUGUGGCUGUAAAGCACAAGGUCAGACCUGAGUUUGAUCUGUUUAAAACAGGAGUCUCCAACCUCCAGCUCAGGAGUUACCAGUAGCUCUGCACCCUCUUCCAAGUAGCUCUCCAAGGGAUUUCUGAAUUACAUGUAUUGUACUGAAUAAGUCUAAUUUGAUUAAUUAAAUGCCUCUUACCAUUGUGCAUGUAUCAUUUUGAUGCCUAAUUUUGUGCACUAAUAAGUGGAUAAUGGUUUAUGUUUUAUAGACAUCUAACUGUGCCUCAUUUAAGGCUCGCUGUGGCUCUAAAUUUCUUGUGACUGCUAAAACUAGUAGCUCUCUGUCAUUAUUGUUUUGUAAAGUAGCUCACCAGAGUUAAAAGGUUGGAGAUGCCUGGUUUUAACGGUCCUACGUUACACAGAAUUAACUUUACUUUAAGUCAUGUUCGAAUGUUUCCUCCUCAAAAACACACCUGGAACUGUUUUGUUUCAUUAAUCCAUGCUUGAAUAUCUCUUUAUUUUUAGUCUGUCCAAAGCAGAGUCCUGCACCGAGUCGGGUACAGGCAAAUAAUUGCUGAAACAAUUGGGUUUUAACAUUCUGGAAUUUUACUGGGCGGGUAUGCGGGCGGGUACACACGGGCAGGUCAAGAGUAAAUCAGGACUACACCAGGACUAAACCAGGAUUAAUCUUGGACUUAAGAGAGAGAGAGAACUCCGUGCACGCGGAGAUCUGCUCCAGUCCUUUCGCCUGCAGUCACCCGACAGUCUACAUGGGCACACAGUGCCCUGGGUUAGUCCUGGGUCAGUCCUGGUUUAGUCUUAGUUCAGUCCAUGGCGUGUGUGGUGCAGCUCAAUCAGUGUUUCUUCUGCUCAGUAAAUAAAUCCUGUGGAGUGAUGACAGUCGAGUCGCGUCUGUGAAUCCGUGUUCGUACUGAAGAAAGCGUAACCGUUUCAUUUCAUUUCGUAUUUAUAAUUCUUGUAGUCGUAACACAUUCUGAUGGAUGCAUCUCGGGUGGGUAGUGGAUGGAAUGUUCACGGGUCCAGGCGGGUGCGGGUUUAACUUUGAUAUAACCACGGGUUUAUGGGCGGGUGCGGUGCUGAACUACACGGGUGCGGGCGGGUGCGGGUCUCCAAAAAUGGACCAGUGCAGGACUCUGCUCCAAAGCUUAAAAUGCUCUGUUCCACCUUGUGAUGUCAUGAAACAGUAGCAUUCAUGUUAACAGCUCCUUUUACGUUUUGCUCAGUAGAAAUGGGCAUUUCCAGGGAUGAAAUCAUCCAUAUGAUUCUAAUAAAGGUGUACAGAAUUUAAAAACACAGUGGAGCACUUCCUAUAUUACUACUUAAUGACAUCACAAAGUGGAACAUUGUUUUCUGUUUGAGAGAAGAACUCUCGUAAAUGUGCAGGGUUUGUGUGUUAAACAUGUGAAGGAAACAAAACUCCAAGUGUGUUUGUGAUGUGGAAAUGAUAUAAUAGUGCAAUCUGAGCCCUUUCAGGUGUGUUUGUGAACCUGCUGCUGGAAGAGUUUACUCCGUCAUUUGUCUGAGUACAUUUAGUUUAAACUUGUGCAGCUCACUGUUUUUAAUUUGUGUUUUUGUGUUUUGCUUCUUUGACUUGUAGCAUUGUUGCUACAUGACACCAGCACACUGUAGAAUCCUCUGGUUCCACCGGAGCUGGAGCAGGUCAGAAUUCUCAGGUGUUUUAUCGUGGGAUGAUGUAGCGCCUCCCAUAGGGCAUUUGUACAAACUGCAGGCACACAGUUAGGCUGGCUCUCUGUGGCCUUAGUGUUUGUCCACACAGAGGCCAAGUCCUCCGUCACAGCACUCAGUGCAUUUAUCACAAGUUUGAAAGGUGAAAAGCGUCACUUCUCUGCUGGGCUCUUACAGCUCGUCUCUGUGGAGAUGAUGACACUUUUAUCCAUCUCGCAUGUUUUUAAUUACUGUCUUUUUUAAUUGUUUUUAAUACCUUGACAAACUUGAACUCUGACUGUGAGCGGGCUCGCCUCUCCACAGAUCUGACCUAUCAUUCUUCUUGGUUUGUGCUGUUUGCGUGUAUCUAUGGAUCUAGAUCAUUUCAUUUCCUUAUGGUGAAACAUUUGGGGCAAAGAAAUAAAAUGUAUCACUGAGUAAUGUCUUUUUAUUCAUAUUGUGGUUUUAAUGUCUCUUAUUUUGUGAAGCACUUACGAUGACGAGCUGUGCUCUAGAACACAUUCCAGUAAAUGAUGCAGUUGUUUUUGUUUUGUUACAACCUUGAAGCUACCUCCGACUUUUUGACCUUUGUUUUAUGUAGAAUUUUGCAUUAAUGUAUUUGUGAAUGUGGUUGUACUGCAUUGUUUGUUUGUUUGUUUGUUAGUUAAUAAAACUGAGAAAUACUGAAA